CUCCGAAGUAGCGGCACUGCGCAUGUGAGGAAGCGGCGGGCCGGCUCCAAGAUGGCGGCUGCCCUGGCGGCACUGGGUGGGCGGUGGCUGCCCGUGGGCCUGCGGGGCGUCCGCGCUUACAACGCCCGGCCGCUGCGGCUCCGGCUGGGCGGCGUGUACCUCCCGGACCCGGCCAACCCGCGCACGCCCGCCUGGCAGCUGGAGGCGGCCUACGAGGCCAAGCUCUACGGGCGCCACGGGGCCGCCUCGGGGGUUGACCCGGCCCGCCUCUGGCUCAGCCCCGAGCAGCUGGCCGAGGAGGAGGCCGAGGAGAGGGAGCUGUGUCCGUCGCUGCGCGAGAUGGAGGCGGCGCUGGACGCCCGCGAGAGACAGGAGGAGGCCCAGAGGCGGAGCAGAGAGGAGCUCAUUGCUUCCAGAAUGGCCAAGAUGCCUCAGAUGAUUGCCGACUGGCGCCGUGAGAAACAGGAGCGCAGGGCCAAGGAGCUCGAAGAGAAGGCACGGCGGGAACGGCUGCUGGCUGAGGCCCGUGAGCGCCUGGGCUAUAACGUGGAUCAUCGCAGCCCCCAGUUCCAAGAGAUGGUGCAAGAGAUGGAGAAAACUAGACGGAAGGAGCUGAAGCUGCAGAAGAAACAGCGCAGAGAGCAGGUCUUGGCCAAAAAGGCAGCGGAAGCAGCAGCUGCCGCUUCUCAGCCCUCCAAAGAGGAAGAAGUGCAAACAAUAUCAUCAACCCAACAGACCACGUAAGGUACCAAUGAUGAAGGUCCUUUCAAACUCGGAUGCACCCUGUGGUGGCAGAUGGUGACUUAUAGUGCUGCUGGGCUCUCAGGAUCCCAGCGUAUCUACUUCAGCUUAUUUGAUAGCAUUUCAAGACACAAUUCCAAAGUCUAGUGCAGGUGUCUAUCUUAUGGGUGUAUGAAAGAUGCACGGCCAGUUUCCUAAAGCUUAUCUCUGUACAAACAGGACAACAGCAUGGACACAGGAAGGCAGACUCCUAUCCCCCCUCUAAUGCCUCUGUUUCUUGCCGGUGGGUCCUAGGAAUGAUGCUUAUGUACUGACUGCAAGCUGUCCCAUGGCAGUAAGCUUGCUCUGCUGCUAUCAAUUAGUUUGCUGGUCUGUGAGGUUAGUUAGAUGGACACCUCUGAGAUUUCCUCUGGCUUCCUGGACUUCUUAAAAAAAACUACUAUGGGAUCUUAAUAUUGUUUAUGAAGAGCUAAAAAGCGAGGGCUCAUAUCUAAUAUGUAGAAAGAUAGGCUGUACUUCAUGAACUGACCAUCUGAAAAAAUCCAGAAGAGAAACUUGAAUCUGUAAACAAAAAAAAAACAACCUAAAAAUUUGUGUUUUAUUUCUUA